UGCCACAUCGAUAUAACGUUUCACCCAUGCAUCUUUUGAGUGGCUGAAAGUCUUCAGACAAACAUAGGAGAGGUCUUGGAGAAAAGGCUCGUCACGUAGAAGGCGUAAAGCGUGCUGCAAAUAACUGAACAGGUGUUUUGUUUACCUACAUUUGAUGUUGACACACAGCAAGUCAGCUCAUGAAUAUUUAAUUAGCUUCGCCAAGAUGGCGACGGGGCCAUCCCUGUUGCUGGUCUGCCUGCUGUGGUGGGCAAGCCAGGCCCUUCUGGCCGCCGGCUGGACACACUGGGUCGUCACCGAGGACGGGAGGAUACAACAACAGUUUGAGUCUCCGCUGAACAUCAAACGGACGGAUGACCUGGUGAUGUUCAUGCGCCAGGCGGAACGGACGGAGCAGAUCUCACAGAUGCAGAAGGACCUCCUGGCGCAGAAAAUCCACAUAGAGGAGACCGAGGACAAGGAAACGAAUUUGGAGCAAACCUUUUAUAAAACCGAUCCAGACUGCCGUGCAGCUAAGCGACAGCUGACAGACUUUGACUUGUACAUCAGCACUGUGUUACCAUUGGAGAACAAAGGCAUUAGGUUGGAAGAUUACAUUAACAUCAGCAGGGAGGAGGAACAGCCUGCCAAAGUGCUCACCCCCAUCUGUUCAUCCAUAGUGGACCUACCCUACAGUAUCCAUAGUCUUGAACAUCUAGAGGGCAUACAGAAUAGGAAGAACCUGACUGGGUUACCUGAGCCAGGUCUGCGGAGUGCCCUGCCCAAGAAUGAGGACCUCGCCAAGCUGGGCCACUGGAUCGCUGAUGGCAUGGAGAAGAACCAGUCCUCCUGGGUGCUGUACAACCUGGCUGCCUUCUACUGGAGGAUCAAGGGAAAUGCCAACAACAUGAUCGAGUGUACCAGGCGUGCCUUGCACUACUCACCCAGGGAGCACCGAGAUGUAGCCCUACUGAACCUGGCCAACAUCCUCCACCGGGCGCGCUACUCCGAGGAGGCUGCUGUUGUUACACACGCCUCGCUGGACAUUUCUAGAGACUUCAACGUCAAAUACUUCCACCUGGGAAACGUCUAUGCUGUGUUAAGUGAGUACAACAGAUCGGUGGAGUGUUUCGACAAGACGAUUGAGCUACAGCGGGACUUUGAUGCUGCCAUAAAACGCCGCCAUGCCGUGCUGUGCCACUUCAAACUGGAGAAGGCUCUUGAGGCUCAACACAGAUCCCUGGAGCGAACCCUGAGUGAACUGAAGGAUUACCAGCGGCUGCACGAGGUGUACCUGGAGCAGAUCUCCACGCGCGACAACCAGCAGUCCCAGCGUGCACUGCAGUUCGAGUCCCACCUACAGUACCAGCGACAAGGUAUCCGCGAGGGGCGGCUGGAAGAAGACCAGCAGCAGUGCACCAUGAAGAUGGAGUACGGGAAGCAGAUCGUCGUCUGUAACUUCAGCAUCAUCCCGCCCAAGGUCAAGGACACCCCAGUGCUGAGUGAGAGAAAGCCACCCCUGCCAGCUCAGCCCCUCCCCCCACACGGGUCUGCAGUCCUGCCGGACACCCCUCCUGUAGGCACACCCACCCCAAACUCUGUACCUCCUGCAGACAAGGCUAGUGAUAAACUAGCUUAUGACCAGUAUAGGGACCCCCUGUGGCCCAGUCGAGAGGACUGUGAGGCUAAGGUCCAGCGGCUGCCGGGGUGGAACGAGUUCCCCACCACCUACCUGCCUCCGGAGAACAAGGGGUUCCAGAUGCAUGAGUUGUUGAAUGAAGCUGUACAGCUGACAGAGGAGGAGGAGCACUCCCUCCCCUGGUACAAACCGGUCUGCACCACAGUUGUCAACCUCCCCUACACACAGACUGCCUACGAUCACGUGGACGGGGUCGGAAAACGGGAGAAACUUCCCAAAAAGGUCCUGGACAACAAUAUGAAAGCGGCUUGGCGGCAGCAUGCCACCCUGGGUACAAGAUCAGAGGGUGAGAUUGAUUGGUCAGAAAGUGAACGGGAGCUGGGAAGGAGAGUGGAUCUGGCCCUGCGCAAGAAAGCGGAACCCCUCUGGACACUGUUUAACCUGGCAGGUCUGUACUGGCGCGUGGCGGGGAACCCCUACCAGGCCAUCGAGUGCAUACGGCGGGCGCUGCACUUCGUGCCGUCACAGUACACGGACGUGCCGCUGGUCAACAUGGCGAAUGUGCUGCACCAGAUCGGGAAGGUGGACGACGCCAUCACGCUGCUACACGAGGCCCUGCGCUUCAACGACACAGAGCCCAUCACCCACUUCACCCUGGGCACGGCCAAGGCAGCCAAGGGGCAGAUGGAGCAGGCCAUGGAGUCCCUGGAGACGGCCCUGGACAUUGACCCGUCCUACACGGCAGCCUUCGAGACCCUGCGGAUCCUGCGCUGCUACAAGAAGUUCUACAACGUGCGCCCGCAGGAGAAGUCUCCCGCCGUCAACAGGAUCAUUCCCUGCCAGCAUGUUGUUCAACACAACACACCGCAGUGCAAGCAGCAGUGCCGGCCGCCCAUGGUCCUGGCGCCUGGCGAGGCCCUCUGUAUCCUGCCGCACAACGGCCCACACGUACAAUGGCCCGCACGUCCGCAGUGUCAGAAACCCGCCUGUCAGAAGUGUAACCAACCCAGGAACGGUAAACCACCGGAGCCGGCGCCAGCCUGCAUGGGGGUGGGGGUGAUCACAGGACCCGCUAAAUAUGCAAAGGAAGAAAACAAUGCCAGUGUUGACACCAAGCACAGUGAUAAGGGGGAUGAAGAGGACAAAGAGGAGGACAGUAGUGGGGAGGAGCAGGACAAUGGUGGGGAGGAGGAGGAAGGCAAAACUGAGGAAGUGGGAGUGGGAACAGAAGAGGAGACAGCUGCUACAGAACAGGAUACAGUAGAGGAGUCUACACAGUUGACCAGUGAUGAUUUAGAGGAAGAAGAGGAGGUGAUAGAAGCUGUUGUAGAUGCAGAGUUUGUGGAGGACGGCACCCCAGUGGACAUGGAGUCAGACGAGUCCAGCAUCCAACUGGACCUCACACCGGAAGGACCAAAAGGAACAAUCAAAUUACUGGAAACCUUGUUGGGUAUGGAGGAAGGGAUGCACUGUGAGGAGGGAAAAACAAUGAACGUUCACGGAUUUCGCAUCUUGGACCAAUCAGAAACUCUGGUGGAUCAAGGGGACCCUAACUCACAUUGGAUCACAGUGCAGGUGAAGGCCUCUGAUCUGGAUCAGGAUCUGCUACAGAUGGGCGUGGUCAACUUCGAGGGGACGGUGGAUCUGGACACACUGAAGGAGGAACUGAACAUUGCUGAGAACGAUGCAGACAACCUGCUGGUGGGAGAGUCCUGUGAUGAUAAGAACGUGGCUGUUCUCCAGGACUCUGCACCCAGUCCUGCUUUACCAGUCAACGGGCCCAAGAUCCCUGCUGCUAACCCUGCCCCCAUGGUAAAGACCCAUGCAUCUCCAGGCUGGCCGACGCCCGACGACUGCCGCGGCAUCAAGAAGAUCAACAUACAUACUUUCACAAGCACAUGGCUCUCAGUUACUGCUAAAGAUGUCAACAUCCAUGAUCACAUCAACUUCAAAUCCAAACUGUCAGGCCCCCUUGUGGAGCCUGUGUGUACUGCAGAUGUUGUCAGUAUGCACACCCUGGACCACCUGGAUGGUGUUGCCAACAGAUCCUCUAUUAACUACGGGCCUGAACUGGGACUGAAGGAAGUUCUCCAGAUGGUUGGUGGUGACAUGCAGCAGGCAGAGGAAGUAGGAACACGGAUAGCAAAAGCUCUAGCAAAGAACCAAACGUCCUGGAUCCUGCUCAGCAUGGCGGCGCUGUACUGGCGUGUGGAAGGGAACGGUGACAGGGCGAUAGACUGCCUGCGCCAGGCACUACACUUCUCCCAACACAGAAUGAAGGAUGUUGCGCUGAUUGGAAUGGCAAACAUUUUCCACCGGACGGGCCUGUGGCACGAUGCGCGCGUGGUGGCCCAGAUGGCGGUCGAGAUUGCUCCUCACCUUGUUGUCAACCACUUCACACUUGCCAACAUUUAUGCUGCUAUGGGUGACAUUGACAAGGCACUGAAGUACUACGAGAUGACAGUUAUCAUCCAGGGAGAGUUUGCCCCCGCCAUGGAGCGCCUCCGAACGCUGCAGUGCAACAUCCUCAUGAAGAGACAGAGGGAAGCAGAGAAGGACCAACAGAAGGACGCCCGAGGAUAGCAGACAUCAAUGCAGAUGCAUGUACAAUAGGGACAGAAACCCAUAUGCUGAAAAGCCACCUGGCAUACGGUCAAACAUCGUGUAGUAAUUUGCAGACAUGAAAAAACACUUUUAAGCUUUUUUCUAAGGCCAGUACUCAGUUCAUCAGAAUUAUAAUGCACAGUAAAAUCCUGACUUACAGGCAAAGGUUUGUUGGGAAAGACUUCUUUGCAUUUCAUCUUACAAAUGCAGAUGCAGAAGAACAUAGAGGUCUUCCCCACAGGUUUCAUUUCUUCUGUUUCGUAAGCUGUCAAUCAAAGCAAGGACAAUUUCCAAUCAGUGAAGCAAGGCAUUUGACAUCUUGUCCAUCACAGUAAUGUAUGCCAGUCACAGUGAGUAACAGAUGAAAGGCUUUGCGUCACUCUUUCUGCAAGCUGCCACAGGAUAUGGCCAGUCUAGUAGCAAGAAAAGGCUUCUGUUAAUGUAUGGGUCUCAUUUUUGUAAAAAAGAUAUAAAAGACAUUCAGGGGAUACUAACUUUUUAAGAGAUGGUGUCUUUGCAGUAAGAAUUUGGUGCAUCUAUGUCAUGUUUUUUUCACAUGAGCAAAUCUCAGUGUGUUACAAAGCCACCAAAAAGUGUGACGAUUAUUCAUACAGUAACUGUAUUUUCUUAUCCAUGUGGGUUUUAUCAGGUUAUUAUGUUAUUUCUAAGGAGGGAUUGAGAGAGUAUAAGGUCAGGGGUGAAAGAGCAAAGUGAGGUCACAGCUAUGUACAUUGGGUGCAAUAAAAGAAUAUUCAAUGA